UAUAAAUAUCGCAAAUCUAAUAAUAAAUUCAAUUAACUAAGCAAGUUUCCAAGAAAGAAAGAAGGAAAUGGAUUUAUUCGCUUCAAAUGAAAGAGCUUCUAAUUAGUAAAUAGUAUCUCUCAUUUAUUGCUAAAUCGACAUUUUAUUAAUCAUUAUUGAAAUUCUAAUAACAAAUUAGUCGACCCAAUGUCUCAACUCUUAUGUUUUACUUUCAUUUUAAGCACAACCUUAAGGUCACCGUUUAAGAAUAAACUUAAGCUUAUCUUAUCAGUUGAAGGGUUAAUCAACCAUAGUUUUCUAUAUAAGAGCGCUAAAAUUAUAUGACGCUUUAGUUAUUAGUAAUUAAGUCAUUAUUUUGGGCAUUUGGAAAACUGUUAACAAGGAAAAUGUUUAAAUUGUGGCUGAAACUUGAAUUAUUACUGGCUUUGGGCAGUGUUUUGGCCGAUCCCUGCACGAUUACAAUACCAAACGACUUGCCUAACCCAGGGCCGGUUAUUCUGAUACAAGAAAGACUCUUUCGUCCAACUAAUGAGGUGACCGAAGUGCAGGAGAAUGAUGAGAUUACGUUGCAUUGCCCCGGUAGAAGAAAUAAAGUGGUGGCAUUAGGGCAGGAAACAGCCACGCUAAAAUGCCAGAAUGGUCAGUUCUACAACGAAGAAACAGAAACUGAGUACGCGCUUGCCGAUUUAAAAUGUAAAAGUAUACCCACAGCUGAGUUGUUGGUAACAGAAAACGCUUGUGCUGAAGGCGCGGGUGUUUUUUACGAAGUCGGCUUUCAGGUAAACGACGAUUUUCAUAGCGUCUUCUCGAUCUGUUACGACAGUGAAAACGAGCAUGCGCUUUAUUCGCGUAGUCUCGUUAAUGGUGCAGCGCAGAGUUUUAAAAUAAACGAUAGCACCCGUCACGCCUUCCGUGCGAAUGGCCUGAGAUUGACCACUUCUGCCACUAAUACUUUAUAUACAAACAGACAUCAAAUUUCGCGUUUCAAAACACUUUUUGGCACUGGCCAAACUUAUAUAAACAAGACAAGCUUUAUGGCGCGUGGUCAUCUGGCACCAGAUGCUGAUUUCAUCUUCAGUUACGAACAGUUGUCCACUUACUUUUAUGCGAAUUGCGCACCCGAGUGGCAGGUUGUGAACGCUGGUAAUUGGCUACGUGUGGAGAAUACGGCGCGCAAAGUCGCCUCUUCAUUCGGUUCCGAUUUAUUGACCUAUACUAGCACUUUUGAUUUGUUAGAGCUGCCAAAUCCGGCGAAUAAUCAAUUGAGUGAAAUUUAUUUGGACAAAGCAGAAUUGUUCCCUGCUCCAAAAUGGUACUAUAAAGUGCUGAUGCAUCCCAAUUUGCCGAUUGAUAUCGUCUUUGUCACGCUAAACAAUCCAUUCGCAAAUGUUAGUAGCGAAGUGGAGUUUUGUAGUAACGUUUGCGAGGAAUAUGGUUUCAACUCCAGCUCCUUUGAAGAUGCCAGCCAUGGUUAUACUUUUUGUUGCGAGUUGAACGAUUUUUGGACAAACGCUAUGAAUGAAGGUACUCCAUAUUACGAUCUACCAGAGGGCUGGAGUUAUAAGAAUUAAUUUGAGGCAUAUGUAUUGUAUAUGUCUAUUAUUAAAAUAAAAACAUCAUUGAAACGAA